GACAUGCAGACGUGAGGGUAUAAAUGCAGGGCUACAGACAGCUCUCUGAAUUAACCUCUUUUACUAGCAGAGCCCAUAACAUGGCUGUCAACGGUGAAACCAAUCUCAUCUCCAGAGAAUAUGCUGCAGAUAAACUAACUACUAAACAGAAAACCAAGAUAAGGAAACCAAUGGUGGAGAAGAUGCGCAGGGACCGUAUCAACAGCAGCAUUAACCAGCUCCGGAAUCUCUUGGAGCAGGAAUUCCAGCUCCUCCAGCCUGACUCCAAGCCAGAGAAAGCCGACAUCCUGGAAUUAGCUGUGAAGUUCCUCAAGCAACAGAUCUGCAGCCAACCACAAAAUAAUAAAUCAUAUCAAAGAAAAGACUAUCGAGACUUUAGUCAAGGCUACUCCAAAUGCCUCCACGAGACGCUUGCCUUCCUCUCUUUUCACCGUGUUGAGGAGCACAUGCAACUUAAACUGAUUAAUCAUUUCCAUUGUUUGGAUACCCAGCCCACAAGCACUCCAGUCUCUUCUCCUCAUUCCAAGGGGCCUGGGCCACUGGCUAGCACAAAGAUUCUUUGGAGGCCAUGGUAAAGGACAGUACUAAACACCUUCACAGUGAUGCAAAGAGUUAUGUGCAACUUGAUCUGUGCUACCACUCUUUUGGAUGGUUACCUUCAUGUAAUUACUGACUGCUUCAUAAUGAAGAAUAUAUACU